AAACUGCUUUAAGAUUCGUGAGGGCGGCGGACUCGUGACGACGGCGAUCUCCUCGAAUACCUACCCCCAUUCGCAUCGCCUUUCUCCUCCAAAUCCAUCCAUUCCCAAUUCCUCGCAUCCUCAUCCUACUCCGCCGCCGCCGUCGAUGUCUUCCGCCGGUAGCCAUGGAAGUGGGGCCGCCGCCUCCGAGUACCAGAACUACUUCUGCCACCGGUGCCAGCGCACUGUCUCCCUACCCGCCGCAGCCUUCGAGAUCGUCUGCCCCGUCUGCCACGAUGACUUCCUCGAAGAGGUUGAGCCCCCCAUCCCUAGUCCCAGCCCUAAUAGCAUAUCUAAUUCUGCCUCUGGCAAUCCUGUUAUCGUUCAAUCCUUUGCUUCCCCGUUCUUCUCCUCCUCUUCCCCCGCCCCCGCUAGCUUCGACCUCAGGCAACCCAGUGGCCUUGCCGAUCUCCUCGGCCCUGAAAUAUUCGUCUCCCGCUCUGGACCUGGUGCCCCCACUAGUGCUACUGGCGAGGUUCCCUUCAAUCCGAUGGUCUUCUUGCAGGAUUACCUCCAGCAAUUUGCGUCUGGAGGUGCCAAUAUCCAGGUCGUGAUUGGGGGCGGACCUGACGGUGGAAUUGGGAACAUCGGGGAUUACUUUAUCGGCUCUGGCCUUGAGCAGCUUAUCCAGCACCUUACUGAGAAUGAUCCCAAUCGUUAUGGAACCCCUCCUGCGGCCAAGACUGCCGUUGCAAACCUUCCGGACAUCAAAAUUAGUAGAGAGUUGCUUGCCUCUGAUGAAGCGAAGUGCUCUGUCUGCAUGGACACUUUUGAGAUGGGAAUCGAGGCCAAGAAGAUGCCUUGCAAGCAUAUCUUUCACAAAGACUGCAUCUUGCCAUGGCUCGAAUUGCACAAUUCCUGCCCAGUUUGUCGUUAUGAGCUUCCGACUGAUGAUCUAGACUAUGAGCAACGUAGGGGGGCACCAGUGGUCCCUUCAGCGCAGGCAACUGCUGGAACAAGGGAUUCUGGUAGUGUUUCUGGGGCAACUGCUGGAGCUUUCAUUGAAGGAGAUUCUGCUAACCCUAGAAUGACUGAGAGAAGGUUUAGAAUUUCACUGCCGUGGCCUUUUAGAAUGUUUGAGACACAAGCAGAAGGUAGCAAUGCUGAUGGUCGAGGAAAUGAUGGGAACAAUGGCUCCAAUGCACAGUCUGGUCGGCAAGAAGAUGGACGCUAAGAAUUUCAUCAAAAGAUUUCAAUCCAGGUGGCAUGAAGAGCUUUGAAUCAUGAAGCAAUCUGUUAGCUGCACUUUAGGCCAGAAAUAUGUGCGAUGAUUCCGUCCCUUUGAUGUUGUUCUUUAUUAAUCAAGCUCCUAAGUUCCUUCAUGCUCUGGUGUUUUGGUGCUUCUUACAUUUUAAUUGGAUUAAUGCUGAUAAUAAUUUGUUUGUCGACUAUAUGACUCUUUGUGAAACUCUGCUAUUUUGAAAUGUGGAACUGUUGGAAUCAAAUGUCUAAUUUGUUUGUUAAAAUGUUCAAGAGGGUGGGUGGAUGAGCACUUUCUUUGGUGGUGGGGGUGGAUUGUUCAUGUUAAGUACACGAAUCAGAUUAGACAGUGUCAAGCACACCUUCUGAAAUGGUGUGGAAAAUAAUAACUUUUUACUCUUCUUAUAAUAUAAAUCCAUCUUGGAUUUUUUUACAUUGUCAUUUAACCUUAAAUAAUAUGUGCUCUUUUCACUACUGUUAUCAUCCUUUUUUUUUUUUUUUCAUAAGGGGAUCCUUGGCGCAAUGGUAAAAUUGUUGCUUUGUGACCAAAAGGUCAUGGGUUUAAAUUCUGGAAACAACCUCUUGCAAAAAGCAGGAUAAGACUGCGUACAAUAGAUCCUUUCCCGGAUCCCGCAUAGCGGGUGCUUCGUGCAUCGGGUUGUCUUUUUUUUUUAUCAUCCUUUUUUCAGUACUAUUGCCAACUUAUUUUAUAGGAACCUUUGAUAUUUUUUUGAGGGGGGAAGUGAACCUCACAUCGGCUUGGAACUAUUCAAUUUAGGCCAACAGUUGAGCACACUCUGAACGAGAGAGAAGCUUGCUCUUGAUAUUGAGGAAGAAGAGUAUAGUCUUUGAUAGACAUUGGGCCUCACUUGUACAACUAGGAGGAGAAACUUCCUGCCAUAGGAGGUUGAUACUCUCCCAGCCAACAAUUGAUUGAAAUUUGUUCUCUGACGGAGGAUCCUUUAGCAUUAUGGCAAGGAAAAGAGCAUCAACAGUAAGAGAUCCAUUGGAGAAGAUGACGAUGACGAUGACGAUGACGACGACGACAACAAAGAGGAGUGGGAGGAGGUUUAGUUGGACUGCUGGAGAUUGUUGUUUUGUGUAUGGAAUUUAUUGAGUUGGGUACGACGCUAGGUGGUCUAGUGAUGCACUCAGCUUGAUUGGGCAGAGAGGGAGCAGCAACAUCGAAAGGGCUUUGAGGAGUUGUUGAAACUGUAAGGUUUUGUUGAAGGAGAAACUUCAAUGAGGGAAGCAUCUCUCUUUUUUGGCGAAGGCCAUAGCAAUACCCUCUUGUGGAGCCAUAGUAGGGAAUGAUCUUACGAUGAAUUGCUUCUAGCUUGGAGUUGGACAGUAGUGUGGAAAAGAUUUUCUUUUUGGAAGGAAGAUGAUUUGUUGAGAAUUGAGAUGCAGGGAGAGGUGUAGAUGUGGAGGGAAAUUCACAUCAUUGCAUCAAUCUUGCAGAUGCAUCCUCCCUUUUUAAGGGAUUGAAAAGGAAGGAGAUUGGAAAUCCAAAUUCUAGAUUUGUGUACUCUUAUACUAAGUUGAGAGCUGAUAAUAUAUUAUCUGAUUGAGGUGAUAUAAAAUAUAUCCAUAUAAUUAUAUAAUAUAAUACUACAAUUAUUAAAUAGCCCAUUUGAGGACAUUUUAGCACUUGCCUCCUUUAUGUCUAAUAGGAAGAACCCUAGAAUGUAGUUAAUAAAAAUGCAGUAGGCUAGUAGCUGUAGUUGAAAGAGGUACAAGGUGAGUCAAAUAUACAUUGAGUUGGGUUCCUAACUGCCAUUAAUACUGUUGAAAUACAGUAAUGACAGAUUUCUAUAUUAACUAGCAUGUUUGAAGGUAGUUCUAUAAUGACAGAUUUCUAUAUUAACUAGCAUGUUUGAAGGUAGUACAAUCCAAGUAUUGCGGUUGCAGCCCCUCUUCCUCCUAUCCCUUCUCUCUCUUUCCUUCUUGUACCUCGUUCCACUGCUCCUUCCUAUGCCUUCUUUUCGUUCUUCAUUCACCUUGUCCUUUCUCUUUCAUUUUUUCUUGCACUAAUAUGUUUUCUUUUGCUGUGAGUUGAGAGAGGAGGAUGGAUCACUUUGUGCAUUGUUAUUGGAUGGACUACUUUGUGGGUUGUUGUUGUGAUCAUACAAUGGUGGACCAUGUUGCCUUCUUUCCCAUGGAUCAAGCCCCACAAACUCACCUAAAUGGCUUAGAGAAGUGCUUAAGGUGGGUCUUGAAUCUCAGUACAUCUAUUGUGGUUGGGUGGUUUUCCUCAUUGGAUUUAAUUAAAGCAUGUGGCAAAAAAAAAAAAAAAAAAGGUGAUUCGCUCGCCCUCAGCCCCCCCGCCAACCCGUCCCUAGGCGAACACGGAGGAGGUAAAUCACGGGUGGCUACUAGCCAUUAGUGCAAAUGGCCAAAACAUGGGGGAGGUUAUGCUCGAUCACGUCGAGUUUCGACCCCAAGACCUCAUGUAGCAACACCCCAUAUCUUAACCAUCGCACCGCCCCGAGGGGACGGAUUUAAUUAAAGCAUGUCCCCAUGGUUGGAGGAGUGCACUAAGACUUUAAGCCUUAGUUAUUCUUUUAUUGGUAUCAUCGAUGGUUGGUACAUAAUCUUUUAUGCAAUUCUUUAGCACUGGUGAUCAAUAUCUAACUUAAUACUCAUUUUUUCACUACAUUUAUAAUAUUUUCUUUGAUUUUCCUUCUCACAUCUUUCACUUUAUUCCAUUCAACUCCUUUACUGAAUUGCCUUUGAAUAUGUCCAUAUCAUUAUAUUCUAUUUUUUUCUUCUAAUUUAUCAUUUAUUAGAGUUACAGUUUUGCUCUUAGAUUUUAUUUUUUCAAAUUUUUUUGCUUUGUAGUAACUCUACAUAUUCCACCUAACAUUCUUAUCUAUAAUUUAUCAAGUUAGAUGUGCAUUUGCAGACUCUGUUUAGUGUUGAUUGAAUAUCGUAAUGAUCUGAGUUCAUUGGCUUUAGGAACUCUGAUAAAUUGCCAUACGCCCCCUCGGAUGGGUCUAGUGGCUA